GAGCAGCGUAAGAAAGCGUAAGGGUUCAAGGGAAGUGUUCCUGGAGUCGCGAUUUGGUGUUCUUUCGAAGGUCCAAUUGGGCAUACCAGCGGGCUGGCGCAUUUUCAAUUUUCUUUUCUCCAUCAUUGACGCUGCAUCGAUUGCAAUACAAUUACAUGUUCCAGUCUCAGUUUUGGCAGAAGAAAAAGUGUAAGGAAAGAAGAUCCUCCGCAAAAUUCAAAUUCUUGCGGGAGUUGAUCCUCUUUGAACCUGAUAAUUGUACGCCGUUGUCGUUUGCUUAAAGUGACUAAUUGAAGAAAUCUACGCAAAGUAUGAGCCAGGCCGCACUUGCGUACGUUGUCCUCGGAGCGUCCUUAAUAUCCGGUGCAGCUUGUGCGAAUUGCCGCGACGCCUCGACGUGGCAAGUACCCGGGGUUCCCACGCGUCGCACCUUUUCCGGUCGAAAUGCUGCGGAAGAUGAUGGGGUUGAGGAGCCGGCUCGACAUACCUUCAACGGUUCUUCGCGCCCAUCGUCGCGCCAGAGCCGGAAGACCUUUGUCAGCGAGGGUGGGCCCGAUGAUCGCAGCAUGGUGGGCACCGCGUCGUUGCCGGGCGAGCCGCGGGAGCCCGGUGGAGAGCGCGAAGACAACUGGCCACCUUGCCCUCCUGUUCGCGCUCCCGAUCGUCCGGCGACGCAUGGCGGGGAGCACCACCGGCACAGCCGCGCGAAGCGCAAAAGCAAUAGAAGCACAAUCGAGGACGUAUUCUCGGACGAAUCUUGUUCACCGCGCAACAGUUUCGGUUCCAGCGCGGCUGGCGGGUCUGGUGCACCUCCAGCUCCAGGAGGCCCCAGUACCUAUUUCGCCGCCCAAGCGGCAGCCGGCCGUCUUUGGCAGCGCCACGGGAGCAGAAGAAUGCAGCAACUAAACCGUUUAGAAGGUGGCGGUGUGCACCAACAUCUCCCAGCUGGUGGGGCUACUUCUAGUACACCCGGGUACUACCCCGCGGACGAAGACACUCGGGGUGACUGGGAUGAUGAACGUCUCUCGCACGGGUCGGGCCGGUCUUCCUUUAGUAGCGGUGCCAGCCGAAACUCCUUCACCAGCAGCCGGAAUUCUUUCAUCGACCAAAAACCGGCUCCUACGCCGCAGCGCGAGUGCGUAAAUUUUGUCAGUAUGGCGCCCAUGGCGCUGCGCCCAGUGACCGCUACCGUCCCCAUGCAACCCGUCACGCGCAGCCCGAUGACAAGUCGGCCGUCCACGUCAAAUAACGCCACGCCGCGUCGACGCGUUCAGCAUACGCCGGUGCCCAGCCCGGAGGGCGGCUCACGGGGGGACGAAAGUAGUACCCCAAUCUCCUCUCCGGUGCCGUCUCGGCCGCCCUUGCCCCGCCUGGAAAAGGCCCACCGACCGCCCCCGAUCGCGCAGCCCACUCGGAUGCCCUCACCUGCAAUGGACUUGGCGCGGCCCGCAUCUGCGUCGCGGUCGCAGCGCCAGGCUGACCCGUUUGCAAACGAGUCGGUUGUGCUUCCCGGUGGCCACUUGGGGCGAUGCGCAGAAAAUCUGCCACAAGUGUACGAUCCACAACCGGCAACCGCACCGGAGCCGCCGGCACCGGCCUCGAGUACUAGAGCGACACCACUGAUACCGGUGCCAAAACGCGAUGUUGCGAUCGUUAUCCCGAGCGAUCAGGUGAGGGUUAUUUCGCAGCCCUCACAACCAGCUCAGCCACCGAGAGAGCCUGUCACGUCCUCUCCAGUCGCAGAGCCGGCUCAACCAACGACGAGCCGUUCCCUGCGCUCACGGAAGUUGGCGCCGAUUCAAGUCGAUGCUCCGCCCGCUGGACCGCCGGAGGCCGAAGCCCAAGCAGCAACAGAAACCAAGCUGCGCUCCUGUCUUGACCGGCUUCUGGGGAAAGCGGGCGGCGCCUUUGGUACCAGCGACAACCCCGUGGCAGAGGCGAACGGGGCACUCCUUACUGGUAGCACGGCGUCUCCGGGGGGCGGAAACAACAACGCGCGUGAGUUGCAGGAACUGGCGGCAAUUUUGGAUGUGCUGGAGCAAGACAAGGAGAAGUGCCGACUCGCCAACGAGCGGUCGAAGAAGGCCAAAUUGGAGGCAGAACGCGCAGCCGCUGCGCUCGCGAAAGAGAAGUCUGCGGAGGACCGAGCCAGGCAGAAGAACCUGUGGUCGUCGUUGAAUUUGAAGCGGUUGACGUCGCAAACGAAGCCAAAGGCCUCCUCGUGUAGUGGUACUACCGGGGUAGUUCCAGCUGCUGCUUCCGAGGACUCGGUGGAGGAGGAGAAGCGAACACGGGACGUCGCGCGGCUGUACGCCGCGCUGCUCGGCGAGGGCGAGGUGGACUCCCCGAGCAAAGAGGAGGUGGACGAGUUUUUCCAUGACAACUUUCCCGACGGGUGGGAGCUGCUGCAGUGGCUGGACGAGAAGGUGGAGAAGCAAAGAGCCGAGGCCGCGCGGGAACCGCAGGACUCGGAGGAGCUGUGGGCGUCGCUCCGCGCCAGCUGCCGCACACCCACGCGGCAAAAGUUGCGCAAGUCAAAGAGAACAACCCUGUUCGACGAGUCGGCCAUGGGUGGAUCCAGCCUGUUGGCGUCCUCGCUGGCCAUCGAGUCCUCCGCACUGGACACGUUCCGCGCGGCCCACGGAGGGUCCGUGGCGGCGGAGGAGCCCGCGAGCGAGGAAAGCCGCUGCCGAGGCAGGUUCACGCAUUGUGUCGUGCGGGUGCGGAAAAUGCAAGCGCUAAUGGAGCACAUCGAGCGCGAUGGGGGCGCCGGGCUGCUCGAGCAAUACCGCACGGCGCACCCCGACAGUGACCUGGACCUUGACUUCCUGGCGCAGCGGGCGGGACUUUCACUCGCGCCGUUGGAGAAUGGCUCGGGAAGUAGUUUUCUCCAGUCUAGUACCGGGGAGGGCGGGCAAAGCACUGGUGCGUUUUCGUCCGAAGGAUCGCAGAGUGGCAGGUCGGGGGCACAGCAACAGAUGCCGCUCUCGCCGUCUGCUCGAGUUUGGAACCAGAACAUCGUGCGGGGGAUGCUGCUCACGGCUAAGUCCAAAACGUAGAUGGUGUUUAUUGAACGUCCUGCAGCAAAUGAAAAUCAAUGUAGAUUGCAGCGCCAAAGUGUGAUUGAAACUGUAUGUGAAGCGCUUGCAAUACAAAUAGCAGUGAACCAGUCAAGAAUGUGAGUGUAUAUGAUUUCCUAUGGCUGGGGCUGGCAAACGCAAACCGUUACUGAAGUCUUGACCUGUUUGGUCUUUCGAGAAAGAGAAACUCUAGGGCAAUAAGUUUAAGUACCUUAUUCACCGCAAACGCAAAAAUGGAUGAGUUAUGAAUGCAUCGUGUACAGAUUCAUUUUUAGUUUUAGAACGCCGAAAAAAAUUGAAUAGAAAAACCCCCCAGGUUUGAGAUGCGGUGUUUGUGGUAAACGACG